AAAAGUAUGCUUAAUUGGUCAAAGAUCACAUCAUUCAAAUUGAAGUGUAUCAGUCAAAGCAUGUUGUUUAUCAUAGCAUAGGCAACAAAACAUUGACACAGUGUCCUCAUAAGACAUAUAUAUCAUACUUUCUAGCAUUAAGCAACGACAUUAACGUUCAUAAUCACUUUUUGAUGACUCUUCACGAUAUUCUUAUACAUCUAUCAAUUCUUUUUAGUUUUAAAGUUUACGUAUUGCCAUAUUCAACGAUAAAUGUGUAGGUAUUUCAAAGUAUUGCUUUACAAAUUGUUCUUCAAUUCUUAAAUGAUUUAAAAAUAAAAUAAACAACAUCUAAUCACCAGUUAUUUUUUCAGGUUUUGAAUGAAGAUGGCAUUCGUUUAAACGUCUACGAAAAUGUAACAUCUGGUAACACCAUUUGUAUACAAUUUUUAACACAUCCGAAUGACUUAUGCAUUUAUCUUCAAAUUGCUUUUACCUAUGACUCAUAAUGUUUAUUUACAGAAAAAUAUUAAUAUAUUCAUUUAUUUUCAGAGUCAAAUCAAAUAACGUACCUGGUUAAUUAGAUCUAAAAUGGCGGGUAGACUGAAUGGCGGUCGGGAAUCGUCUAUUUUGACCAUAUAUAACUAAAAUGUUUAACUGGUACAAGUUACCAGUCAGAUGGCAAAUGCGAAUAUCACUGUUUGACCUUUGCUUUAAUUUCGUUUUUUAGACGUCAAAUUAUUGUUUUCACAACAAUUUCGUCUGAGGUGAACAUUAUCUAUAUAGCCAUAGUCUGCAAGCCGAUGCUAUCUUAUACAUAAAAUACCUUUGGCAAAUAUCUCGAUUCGCUUCUUUCUUAUACAUCGAAGGAUAUUCAACAGCAUUUAGACAUUUUUAUCGUUAAAUAGUAUUUUAUAACUAUAACCCUUUCAUUGUAAAACUUAAUUCAGACAUAGUUUUAAACAUUGCUAAGCCGAACUUUGUCAGAUGGCUGUUUUUGAGAGCUAGCUGUGGUACUCCGGCUGGAUUUGAUCAUUUCUAUGAUAUAAUUGUAUCCGGUUGAGAACUUGAAAAAGCUUAAUCAGUUUAUAGAAGUGUACAUUCUUAACAUAAUUUGAUGUCAAUGUAAAUAUGUAUCAUAUAUAAUGUAUGAGUAAAAUCUGAUUCCCUCGCGUUGAUUCCUUAUGUUGCGGGCGUAUGCUACACCGCAUCAGGGCUCUCAAAUUCAUAUUUUGAUAUUUUAUAUCAUGCUGAUUAAUUUUCCUUAUCUUAUAAAACAGGAAACAAAGGUAUGCUUAAAACUCCUGGCCAAAAGUACACUACAGUGAACAUCUCUGGCUAUACGUCUGAACAGGAUUAUAAGCUUUGCUUUGAUCCAAAGCCCGAAAACGUCAACAAAUUUUGGACAAUGGUUUUUGCUGAGGAAGUUGACACUAUUGUUAUGUUUGCUGGGAGUAAAACUCGAAAUAAAGAAUUACGGUAUUGGCCAAUUAUUUUUAACGAACCAAAGAACUACAGACAUGUAGAUGUGGAAGUCACAUAUCUGAACACACACUCAGCUUAUACUCAUAUGAAAAUGAGCAUCUCGAACAGGGAAACGACCAGGAAUAUUAACCACAUUCAAUGCGUGCCAGUCUCCACGUUCAGUUCAGAUGGAUUCGUUGACCUUGUUAAAUCUUUGAGAUCGAACGUAAAGGCAGGACGAAUUAUCAUACACUCUAGGUGA